AUGGUGACGGCAAUCUCUUCCGCCCCUCUGCUGGGUCAAAUCGCGCCAUUCGGAGACGCAGUUUUCCUCGUCGGUCCAGAUGCAGUGAGACUACAAGUCGUAUCCAUCUUCGUUCGCACACAUUCCAAGGUGUUCGAGGCAAUGCUGGGGACCAACUUUGCAGAAGGCCAAAAGAGCAUUUCGAACAAGACAAAGACGAUCUCUCUCCCAGAGGACGACGCGGACGCCUUGUGGAUCAUCUUCAGUGCUAUGCAUGGAAGGACAUCAGAUAUACCAGACCCACUUGAGCCAGAUAUGGUGUUGAGAGUUGCUUACAUGGCGGACAAGUACGAUUGUUCGCAGUGCUUGAAAUACCUCAUAAAGUCGUGGAUGGAGGUUGAUGAUGCAAAACAUAGGUGUAGGAAAUGUAGGGCACCCGAUCAGCGGCACUGGAAACUCAUGGCGGCAGCCUACUAUUUUCGAAACGAAGAAGGCUUUGAAGCACUUUCCAACAAGUGGAUUACAGAAUACACUGAAAGCUACCUAGCAGUGACUGAAUAUGGAGGCUUUCUGGACCCAAUGGUUCUCGUUAGACUGUGUGUCAUCCUACAAGAAAAAAGGGUCGAAUACCAAGUACACUUGCUCAAUACAGCGGGGGAAACUUUGAUGGAAUAUUGGGAGAAUUGUUCUUGCUCUGCCAUGUUCGAUGAGGACGAGGAUGUCCCAACUCCAUAUUAUCAAAUCCACGACCGAUUUUUGGUCGAGCUGAGGAGUGCAGCACCUCAACUGCGCGACAUCAUCCAUAAUACUCUGAAUAUCAUCGAUUAUGCCACCACUCACCACAUCCCGGAGUGCCGAAAUACUACAGAAGAUAGGUUCGUAUUGUUAAAUAGGGCUUCAUCGGAUGUUUCAAGUGUUGCUUGGACCGGGAAAAUAUGUAUGGACUGUAUCAGAUCUAGCACACCGCACUCUGAUCAUCCUCUUGCACCUAACUAA